AUGUAUGGCUAUAUAGGCGAAAAUGUAUCUCUGACCACAAAUGAGAAUGACUUCAGGAAUUUUUUUUCUAUUCAAGUCAAAGCGAAAAAAAAUACAUGGAAGCAUACUGUGUCACCAUCAACGUCUGCUAUUCCAGAACAAAAAUCCCAGACUGAAUAUUCCCCAUUUCCAAGUUUUUCAUCUGAAAAACCGCAUAAAUUAAGUUUUUCUCAGCUUAAUUCUUCUUCAUCAUCUGAUGAUAGUGUUAAUUCACCAACAACUGUACUAGCUACUCCGUUAGGUGAACAAAAGAAUUUGGCGCAGAAACUCGAAUUUAAGAAAGCGAAACAAGCUAAAAAGAAACAGAGGAACUCUGAUUAUUGGCGGCUUUUAAAAGGCACUGAAGCCAUUCUUCCUUAUUCAGGUGCUGAUAUUGUCGGUCCUGAGGGGACUUCUAUUGAGCCAGUUGACUGGACAGAAGCUGAUGUGACCUUAGCUGGCCAGACUGUUCGCUAUCCUGUUAUCCUUGCACGUAAAUUUAAUCAAAAAGUAUUGUUAGGGACUGAGUUUAUGGUCGAAAUCGGCCUAGUUCUGGAUAUUCAGUAUUGGUUAAGGGACAAGCCUUUAGCAAAAUUUCUUCUUUCUACUGAUUUACAUCAAUCUGGUAGAUUAGACAUUCCUGUCUAUGCAGUAGAAAAGAAAAGAUUGCCUCCCUUUCAUCAAACUUUUGUCUCUGUUAGGACGUCACCGAAAAUAAGUGAUCAAAAAUGGGAAGCGACUACAACAUGUGUUGGUACACGUUUAUCGACAGCUAACAGUAUUGUUACUGCCAGUAACAUACUGAAACGAUUAAGUGAACGCUUAGAAGAGCGUGGUCAACCUGAUCUUAAUUCACUGCAAACAAUAAUUGACAGUCCAUUAUUUAACACAUUAUACAAUUUACAAUAUUCAUUUCAACGUUUAAAACUUGAAUACGAAAAGGGGAAUCAGUCAGUAGCAAACGGUGCAUUCGAUUUUGAUCCUACUGAUUCUGAAAAAUCAAAUCAAAUCAAUUUUGAAGAACGUUUAUCCGACAACAUUGUAUUAAAAAGAAUAAUAUUUGAAAAAAAAUCAUCUAAUGAUUAUUUAGGCUUUAGUAUCGUAGCAUAUGAACAUCGUUUAUUUUCUAUCAAUGGUUUAUUCGUUCAAGAUAUACAACAAGGUGGAUUAGUACAAAUAGAUGGUUCUCUCUCACCAGGUGAUCAAAUCGUGGGGAUAAACGAACAUUAUCUUGAUUCAAAAGAUUUAUCAAUUAUUUCUCAAGCUAUUCAUUUAUUAUUACAUUCUAAAGGAACAAUCGAUUUAGUUAUAGCAAGAAAUAUAAAAAAUUUACCCCAUGGUAACCUGUCUAAAGACAGGUAUCCGACGGGGAACGUCAUACCAUUUAACGUAGACAUGGUGUUAAAUACCGAGUGGACACAAAUCGAAGUUAUCGAAUUAAUAAAUGAUGGAUCCGCAUCCGGAUCUGGAACAGGCCUCGGUUUUGGUAUUAUUGGAAACAAAUCGACUGGUGUUAUAGUCAAAAAUAUUGUUCCUGGUGGAAUUGUUGAUAAGGAUGGUCGAAUACACACCGGCGAUCAUAUAUUUCAAAUUAAUCAUUUAAGUGUACGUGGUAUGAGUUCAGAACAAGUAGCUGGAAUAUUAAGAUGUCAAAAUGCAUCAAAUCAAGUUCGACUUGUUGUCGCACGAUCUGUGCGUGAUCAUUCGUGUUCUACAUCAACAAUAACAACAUCAACAGCAAAUCCAAUUGAAAAUUUAGAGAAUUCUCCUAUUAUAGUUCAGAAUGAUGGGAUUAAUACCCAAAACGAUAGUAUCACAACAACAACAACAACAACACCAAAUAUUAAUAACGGUUAUAUUGUAAAAGAUAAAAUAUUAUUACGAACAAAACAUUUAUUAGAAGGAAAUUUAAGUUUUGAAAAAUUAUUAGAAAAUCUACGUGAACAAUGUGCACAUGAAGAUGGUACAGAAUUAUUAGAUGUUACAUUAGAAAAAGGUGAAGAUGGACUAGGAAUUACUGUGGCUGGUUAUGUUAGUGCUGAUUCAACAAAUAAUGAUGCCAUUUCUGGUAUAUUUAUACGUGAUAUAGCGAGUGAAAGUGUAUGUGCAAAAGAUGGACGAUUGAGUGUAGGAGAUCAAAUAGUUGAAGUUAAUGAACAAUCAUUAAAUGGUUUUCCAAAUGUACAAGCAUUACAAUUAUUACGUGGUACAACAUCAUCUGUUCGAUUAAAAGUUCGAAGAUAUUUAGACGGUGUUAAACAUGAAAAAAUCAAAGAAAUGAUUGCAUUAGAAUCAUCACAACAACUUCAAGAAUUAGAAGAGAAAAUAGAAUUUCAAAGUCCAAAUGAAAUCAACGAACAAAUACGACAAAAAUGGCUUAAAUUAUUAGGUGGUGAUAACUAUGAAAUUCUUAUUGCUGAUGUAGUUAAAUCGGAUGUUAGUGGACUUGGAAUAACAUUAGAAGGUACGGUUGAUGUUGAAAAUGGUGAAGAAGUACGUCCACAUCAUUAUAUUCGAGCAUUAUUACGUGAUGGAUCCAUUGGACUCGAUGGAACAUUAAUGCCUGGUGAUGAACUACUCGAAGUAAAUAAUCAUGUUUUAUAUGGAAAAAAUCAUAUUCAUGUUAUUGAAAUAUUGAAACAUGUUAAAAAUCAAGUUAAAUUAAUAUGUGCAAGAAAAUAUUAUGAUGAAAAUCAUGCUGAAAAUAAUCGUGAUACAUUUAGUAAAACAGCUGAAUUAAUUGUAAAAGCAAAAAGUAUGGGUACAUUAGAUGAAUCAAAUAGAAAUUAUGAUAAUAAUUCAAAUAAAAUAUGUUUUACACAUUAUCCAUCAUUAAUUAAACCAAAAUCACGUUCAUUAGAAGUCAUUUCAAAUUUGGCAAUGUGGAGUAAUUCAGUGACAAAUGUUGAAUUAAAAAAAGAAGAUUUUGGUCUUGGAUUUUCAGUAUUAGAUUACAAUGAUCCAUCUCAACCAAAUCGUUCACCGGUUAUUGUUAUUCGAGCACUCGUACCUGGUGGAGUAGCUCAAUUAGACGGUCGUAUCACACCCGGUGAUCGUCUAUUAGCAGUAAAUGGAAUUCAACUUGAUAAUAUGGGAUUAGAUGAAGCUAUUAAAAUACUUAAAAGUAUUCCACGAGGCAUUGUCAAAUUAAGUUUAUCAAAACCAUUACCGUAUCCAAAAUCUAAAGAUGAUGAAUUAGAUGAUAAUCGACUAAAUAGUAUUAAUAAAUCAAAAAUGUCCAAAACACCAGUAACAAAUGGUCAAGUCAAUCAUUCAGAUAACAUAUUUCAAACGAGUGAUAAUAAACCAACUAAAAUUAAUCAAAUUGUUCAUGAUCCAGCUGUAUCACCGGGCAUCGCUCUUUCAGCUCCAGCUAUUUUAAAUAAAGAAUAUUUUGAAACAUUAUUAUCAUUUGAUAAACCAAAACAUACAAAAAGUACAUUUUUUAAUUAUCAUCCACAUAAAAUAGAUUCACCAUUACCAGAAAUUGAUAAUGAACCGCCAUCUCCUGUUAAAUUUUUUUCGAAUGACGAUGAAUUAUUAGAUCUAUUAGAACCUGUAAAACGUAAUAGUAUUAUUUUUAAUCGUGAUCAUGAAUUAACUACGUCCUCUACUCUUGUACAUGAUGAUGAACGAAUGACACAACAAGAGGAAAUUAAUAUUUCUUCAUUUAAUCAUAAAAUGGAUGAACAACCAAAUUUACCUGAAUUUGUUCAUUUUCAAUCAGAUCAUCUUGUUUUAAUGCCAACAACAGCAUCUCUAUCAUUUUAUGAUCGUUUACGUGGUCCAUCAGCAUUUUCCUAUUCACGUUUUAAUCGUCAAACAUCAACAUUAUUAGCCACACCAUUAGCUACUACAACAACAACAACAGGAGUAGCAGCAGAAUUCAAUCCAAUUACUACAAUAUCAUCAUCAUCAUCUCGAUCAAAUAAACGUUCAUCAGCCACUGAUCAAUAUUAUCGUAAUCGUCAACAAAGAAUGAUUGAAGAUGAAGAUGAUGAUUAUGAUGAAUAUUUAAUACGUUCAACAAUGAUUAAAAAAAAAUUUGAACCCUUAACAUGUUUUCACGAAGUAAUGAGAACCACGCCUGACUAUAGUGGAAGUGGGAGUGGCGGUGGUGGCUUAAAUAAUAUUAAUUAUCGGGGUUUUCGCACUGUUGAUCCAACAACGAUAAAUCGUGUGCCAUUUGAGUCAGAUGAUUAUCUCAUGAACAAAAAUGUGAAAAUUGAUUAUAAUGAUGGUACAGCAAUAAUAUCGGCAACGUCUCAAAAACAGACGGGAUCAUCUCCACCUAUUAAUACAACACCCACAACACCACCUCCAAAUAAAUGGAAUCAAACAACAAGAGAACGUCAAUCACCGCGUAUGACCUCUGCUUCACCAGCAUUAUCCACUAGUUCACAAUCAUCUGGAAGAGUAAUUACAUUUCUCAAUCGUGAAGUUAUUCAAUUUCCAUCGAAUAUUGAACGAGAAAUACGUAUAAAACAGAAUUUUGAACAAUUAGGUUUGAUUGUAGACGCAUAUAUUGACGAGGGUGUAAAUGGUUGUAUCAUAAAAUCUAUUAUGCCAUCAGAAUACGGUUUAAAAGCAGGUGAUUAUAUUUUAUCAAUAAAUAAUGAAAAUAUGAAAAAGAUUAGUAAUGCACAAGCAAAAUCAGUUGUUCGACGAGCAUCAUUAAUGGGAUCAGAUAUAAGUAUUGUUUAUAUUCCAAGUGAUGAAGCAAAUUUGUUCAGAGAGUAUACACUCGAACGAGAACAUGAACUCACUCAACAUUCUACAUCACCACCUGGAAUUUACGAUUCUGAUAUUGAACAAACAAAGCACGUAUUACAAACGGAUAAUGAAUCAUACGGUUUUGAACCGUCAUCAUUAAACAUUCACUCAUCCGCUAUAGUAGCACCUCAACAACAACACUGCAUUGUUGACAGUGAAACCCUGAGUGCAACAUUGUGGGGUUGUGCGCGUGAGGUCUUAUUAUAUCGCCAAGAAAAUAGUAAAAGUCUUGGAAUAUCAAUUGUCGGUGGAAAACUUGAUUUUUCUGGUCCAAAUUCAAAUUCAAUUGAAUCAUGUAUUAGUGGUAUUUUUAUUAAACAUGUUUUACCAAAUAGUCCAGCCGGUGCUAAUGGUACACUGAAAACAGGUGAUCGUAUACUCGACGUAAACGGUUAUGAUUUACGUGAAGCAUCACACGAUAAAGCUGUUGAAAUAAUACGUGCAGCAAAAUCACCCGUAUGUUUUAUUGUACAAAGUUUAUUAGAUCCAUCGAAUCCAUCGUCAGACAAUAAUACGAUAAUAAAUACUACAGAAACAUUGUCAUCGUUAUCUACUAACAUUCCAUUAAUACCAUCAACAUUUGAUCAACGUAAUGCCAUAUCAUUACAAAAUACAAAUCGAUCUGAAACAACCAUACAUCGUACCGGUGCUAUAAUACAUAAUGCUCAAGCAGACAAUAAUAAUACUAAUUCGAAUACAGAUAAUUAUGAUAAAGAACAAAUUGAACGUGGUCUAUUAAAACAAUACGGACAUUUAGACGGUGAUAUAUAUUUAAUUGAUAUUUAUAGACAAACACAAUCGGAACCACUAGGUUUAUCGCUAAUCGGACAUAGAGAUCCACAACAAUUAGCUGUUUUUGUUUGUGAUAUACAACCAAAUUCAUUAUUGGAUCGAGAUAAUAGAAUACAAAUUGGUGAUCAAUUAUUAGAGGUAAACGGUGAAAUAUUAUAUGGUAAAGCUCAUUCAGCUGUUAUACCAAUUAUCAAAUCAAUCAAAUCCGAUAUACUCAAUUUUGUUAUAUUAAGAAAUCCAAAUGCAUUGCAUGAUAUGGCUAUCGCUCAAUUGUCUGUCAAUCGUACGCCAUUAUCUGUCAUCGAUUCUCCCAUUCCACCUUCUACAAUAAAAUCAUCAUCCAAUUAUAUGCCAGAUAAUAAAACUUCUAAUAAUCGUUUUGUUACACAUGAAUCACUUUCAUCAUCUUCAUCAUUAUCUUCACCAUUAUUACCACCACAAUCAAAAAUACAAAUGGAUGAUGUUUCAAUUGAUGAAUUUAAUAGUGAAUUAAAAAAUUCUAUGCUAGUGAUGACAAAUAAUCAUCAACAGCAACAACAGAAUGAACAACAAAAAAAUGAUGAUUUUUUUCUAAAUAAUAACAAUGAAAGAAAGAAAAAAUCGACAUUUUUUGACGAUAUUGAACAGAAAAAAAAUGAUAUAACAAAUUCUAUAGUGUCAACGAAUGAUGAAAAAUAUUUUUCAGAAAAUCAUAUUCACCCGUUUUCUUCCAAUAUAAAAAAUAUUCAGAAUAACGAUAGAGAAAAUAAUAAAAUUUUAACAUUAGAUCAAAAAUUAGCAAUAACAACAACAAAAAAAUAUGACGAUAAUAAUAGCGAAAAUAUAUAUUUGGAAAAAAAUAUGGUAUCGGUUGACGAUAAUAAUCAUCAAAAACAAUUGUUACAACAAGAAGUUCAACAUAGUCGAUUAACGAACGAUACACAGAAAGAUAUCUCUCCAGAACAUCAACAACUUGGAAAUAUUUCUCCAAAUUCAAGUAUAUUAGAUACAACUAAUCACAAUAUUCUCUCGACAUAUACUCCGUCAGAAAUAGCUACUUCUUUUAUAACGUCUAAAGAUAAUAAAACAAUAUUGCCUGAAGCAACAAUUGAUAAAAAUUAUAUACAAAUAAAAAAACGUUCGUCAUCUUCGUCAAAUUCAUCUUCACAAUCGUCUCCAUCAACACCACCAUCAAUUGAAAGACAAUCAUCAACUAAACAAAAACUAUCUGAAAAUAUUGAAUUUGACAUAAAAAAUGUCAUAAAUAAUCAAGCAAUUAUAAACCAACAACAACAAAUUCCAUCUUCUAACUAUGUGAUGUCAACAUCGACUAAUAAUACAAUACAAAAACAAGGAAAUGGAUUACCUCGUGAUGCAGUAACAAUCAUAUUAAAUAAGGAUUCAAAAGGUUUUGGAUUAGUCUUAAUGUCACAAAACGAUGGUCGUAUCUGGGUUAAAAGUGUCAUUCCACACGGUCCAGCCGAUGAAAAUGAUAUACGGGCUGGUGAUGAAAUAACAAUGGUUAAUGAUAAUCCGGUAAAUAAAAUGGAAUUUGAUAAUGUUGAAAAGUUGCUAAAUGAUUCAACCAUCAAUCGUCUUCAAGUAACAUAUGUACCAUAUCGUGAACCCGAGCCCACUCCUAUUGCUAUUCAUGUAGAACCAAGUGUAAACAAUAACAAUGUGAUUGAAAUGGUAAAAACAAAUAUAGCUGAUGAUCCGCGUACACGACCAAUUGUUGUUGGUCAAGAAACAUUAAUUGAAAUUGAUCGUGGUCGAACAGGUUUAGGUUUAUCUGUUGUCGGUGGUUCGGAUACACAAUUAGGAGCGAUUGUUAUUCAUGAUAUUUAUGAAGGAUGUGCUGCUCAAAGAGAUGGAAGAUUAUUUGUUGGUGAUCAAAUAUUAGCGGUAAAUAAUAUUGAUAUGAAAUCCGCUACACAUGAAGAAGCUAUUCAUGUGUUAAGACAAGCAGCGGAUAUUGUUAGAAUACUUGUGUUACGUGGUACGCUCAUUACGGAAAUGAUGAAUGAACAAGAAAAAUUUGAUAUUGUUACAAUUGAUUUAACGAAAAAAACUGGAAAAGGACUUGGAUUUAGUAUAAUAGGAAGAAAAAUGGGUUUUGGAGUAUUUAUAUCUCACAUACUUGAGGGCGGAUUAGCUGAAAAAGAUGGUCGACUUAUGUCAGGUGAUUUAAUUCUUGAAGUAAAUGGGCAAGAUUUAAGAAAAUCUCCGUAUGAACAUGUAGCUUAUACAUUGAAGACUCUUCCACAUGGUAAAGUAACAAUUAAAAUUGGUCGUUUAAAAGCGAGUUCACGCAAUCAAUCGAGACAAAAUUCUAUACCAGGUGAACGAAAAUCUCGAUCACGUUCUAUCUCAUCUCAUACAACAAGACGAAAUUCAACAAAUAAUAAUCCUGCUACGUCGGCAACACCAACAACAACAUCUUCCUCAUCUAGUCGUGCAUUUUCAUCAUUUUUAUCCCAUAAUAACUGA